GGAUUCGAGUGUUCCCAGCUCAAGGUUACCAACAAAAACGGCAAGAAUACUUCGCCGGUGGGAUUCGUGACUUUCAACACACGAGCCGGUGCCGAGGCUGCGAAGCAGGAUUUACAGGGUGUACGCUUUGAUCCUAACCUGCCACAGACGAUUCGAUUGGAGUUUGCGAAAACCAACACGAAAGUCAGUAAGCCUAAGUUGGCCUCACCACCAGCCGCAGCUCUGCCUCACCACUCCGCACUUCUGCACCCUCUCACCGGGCGUGCCUUAAUGAUGUCUGCGUCGCCAGCAGUCAAUAGCUACGCAACUGGAUACGGUUUCGAUUCUUACACGAUCCAAGAGCCACUAAGCGGGGCGUUUCUGCCGGCGCCGGCGGAGCUGUGGGCGCACCACCCGGCGGCGGCCGCGGCGGCGCUGGCCUACUCGGUCGCUGCCGGCGAGCUGGGCCAGCUGACCCCGGGCACGACGCUGUCCCAUCACCACACCCACCACCCGUCCCACUCUGCCCACCACCACAUCCUCAACCAUGCGUUCCAUCCGGCCGCCGCUGCGGCGGCCGCGGCGGCUGCAGCCCAGACGCGCGUCGCAGCUGUGAAAGGGGCGGGCAGGGCAAAACCUCUCCUCCUUCCCUCCCCCUCCACCACGAAAACCCUAGCCACCUUCCCGUCCCUCCAUUCCCAGCGUCAUCCCUGUCCCUCCGUCGUCGCCAAUCGGGGUUGUGUCCUGUCUCUCUCGCCGCCGCCCCCCAACCACCAACACUCUCCGCCCUCAGAAGUGCCCCACCCACCCGGUCUCCUGCACUCGUGGACACACCGCCUGUGCCUGUCUGUCAGUCAGUGCAGAGAGAGAGUCAGUCAGUCAGUGUCACCCAACCCCCACCCACUGACCGGGAAUGCGACCAAGUUGCAGCCGACUCGAUGUUAG